UCACUGUUUUCUUCCGGGAUAUUUCUGUCACCAGAAAUGGCUUCUCUUGACAGGGUGAAAGUAUUAGUUUUAGGAGAUUCCGGGGUCGGCAAGUCCUCCUUGGUCCAUCUGUUAUGCCAGAAUCAAGUUUUAGGAAAUCCGUCCUGGACUGUUGGCUGUUCUGUGGAUGUGCGGGUUCAAGACUAUAAAGAGGGCACUCCGGAGGAAAAGACCUUCUACAUUGAACUCUGGGAUGUUGGAGGAUCUGUUGGCAGUGCCAGCAGUGUCAAAAGCACAAGAGCAGUCUUCUACAAUUCAGUUAAUGGAAUUAUACUGGUACAUGACUUAACCAAUAAGAAAUCAUCUCAGAAUCUCUACCGCUGGUCACUAGAAGCUUUGAACAAGGACUCCUCUCCAACUGGAGUCAUUGUUUCAAAUGGCAGUGAUUAUGACAGGGAGCAGUUUGCUGAGAACCCAGUGCCUUUGCUACUGAUUGGAACCAAGUUUGACCAGAUCCCAGAGAACAAACGCAAUGAAGUUCUCAACCGAACGGCUUUCCUGUCUGAAGACUUCAACGCAGAAGAGAUCAAUCUUGACUGCACCAACCCGAGGUACCUUGCUGCAGGCACAUCAAAUGCUGUAAAACUUAGCAGGUUCUUUGACAAGGUAAUAGAGAAGAGAUAUUUCACAAGAGAUCCAAGUCAGAUGACGGGUUUCACAGACAGAAAACGGUUCAACUUCAAAAGUUUGCACUAUGACUGACAAGCAGUGACAGCAGUGUGUGGAUUGGUGAUGACAUCUGUGGGUUUCACACUACCAGCCAGCUAUCACACUCUCUGACUACACCCCCUGUAACAUGCUCCCACUGGCUAAAACAUCAGCUAAUAAAAAUAUAUGUAAAUAGUUGAUACACUUGCACAAAAAAAUUGCAAAAGAAAUAAAGAGUCAUGCUCUAACAACA